AUGUCAGAGUUGAAACUUUGUAGUGCUGUGUUGGUGUUGUGUUUGCCUGUGAGGCAGAGUGAGGCCAGAGGCCACACAGAGGUCGUGUGUGACGGAGGUGUGAAGCUUCUGUCUCAUCAGUUCUUCAAAGCUCAGAGUGAUGGACGAGCCGCAGAACAAGUCAUUUUGAAGCUGCACUUAGAGCUGCACUUAGAGCGUGAGAGGAUGACAGACAGUGGACCAUCUGCAGCAGCUGCUGCAGCCUGCAGGCUGUGCCCAGAGUCUGCAUACUGGCCUGACAGGGUAUUCCUCACUCUGCUCACACCUCCAGCAUCUGAAUAA